AUGUGUUUAUGUUAUGAUUUUCAAAAACAACGUUUAACUAAUUGUUUUGAAUUUAAUCAUAAUAUGAAUUAUAAUUGUGUCGGUCAAAAUUCUUGUGAAUGUAGAAGUCAAUGUUUUCAAGACGAUCCAAUAUGCUCAAUAAGAUCAGUAUGUAUGUGUCCACCAUGUUUUUAUGGAACACAAUGUCAAUUUAGUGUAAAUGAAUUUGGUCUCUCACUUGAUGCUAUCUUAGGUUAUCAUAUUCAACGAAAUAGUGAUCUUCUUAAUCAACCAACUAUAGCAUUAUUUAGUUUAACACUAACAAUAAUCGGUUCAUCAAUUACAACUUUAUUAACAAUAGUUAUAUUUGGAUUAAAAUUUUGGAUACUUAUUCUUGCACAAAUGACAAUUAUUUCUAAUCGACUAUUUUUACAAAUUCAAUGUUUGUCUUUUGAUUUUCUUUUACGAGUUUGUCGUACUAUGGAUCAAUGGUUAAAUGCAUGUGCAGCUAUGGAAAGAGCUAUUACAGUAUCAAAAGGUAUCAAUUUUAAUAAGAAAAAAAGUAAAUGCAUUGCUGAAAUAAUUAUUAUUAUUCUUUUAAUUUUCACUGUUUCUACAAAUAUUUAUGAUUCUCUUUAUCGACGUUUGAUUGAUGAAGAUAAUGAAGAUGAUGAACGAAUAUGGUAUAUUGCUACUUAUCCAUCUCGUUUACAAACAUACAAUUCUUUCAUAUAA